GUCUCUGGACGACCGAGAUGUGGGCGGAUUUGCUCUGACGUUGCCCACAUUUGGGAUUAACUUGUUUUUUUAUGUUGCCAUAUCCCUCGUAUGUUUUGUUUUUUUAAUGGAGGCCUGAUGAGCUGGUGAUACUGAAAAAUAUCACUUUGCGUCAGUAGGCCCUUGGUUUCAGCCUUCUCUGUGCGUUGGGUUUUGGAAAUGGGACGGGGAUGUCCUGCGGCGCCGAUUGAGAGCCUGACUGAGGAGCAGCAGACGUCGCACUGACUGAGCCUACUGCGCCGAUGUUCCCUUACGCUGAUAAUAAUAAUAAUUAUAAUAGUAAUGGGGGCAGACGGAAGUAAAAACAGGAAGAGGGCCUCAGGAGGGGCUGAGGACGAGCCCAUCCCAUCUGGAUGGCGGGGUCUCCUCUCCAGCAUGAGCCUGUCUAUCCCAGAAGGCCUCUGCCGCCUGGCCCCACCCGCCCUCCGUCUGGGCCAGCGUCGGAUGCUCCAAGGAAAAGCCCCUGAGGUGCCAGAGCACGUCCUCAGGUUGGCGGGAGUCGGCCCAGGCAGGCUGAGAGGAGAAUGGAGCCUUCCAGGCUUCGUUACCAUGUUUCUGCCUGAAUUCCCACACAGAGCUGUGCCAGGGCACGAACACUUUCAGGUGAUGGGGUACAUUGCCAAAGGUUCAUUUGGACCCAUUCUGAAAGUGAGGGACAAGUCCAAACAGAAAACAUAUGCUGUUAAAGUUAUACCUAAAGCGGAGAUUUUAAGGCUGGCGGUUUUGGAGCAGUCAAAAGAGGAAGUUAUAGUUCAGCGUCAGGUUCGCCACCCAUUUGUCCUCGACCUCCAGGACUGCUGGCAGACUCAGCGCCACCUUUACAUUAUGUGCGACUACUGCAGCACAGGGGACCUCUACACCUACUGGCAGAUGAUUGGUCAGUUCUCAGAGGAAACCGUGCGAAUAUUUGCAGCAGAGCUGGGAUGUGCACUCGGGUUUUUGCAUGACUUUGGGAUCAUCCACAGGGAUGUGAAGAUGGAAAACAUCUUGUUGACAGACAACGGCCACCUCCGCUUGGCUGAUUUUGGUUUGUCCCGCCGCCUGGAGAGAGGAGGCCGAACCUUCACAAUCUGUGGAACCAUCCAAUACAUGGCUCCAGAGGUGCUCAGUGGUGGACCUUACAACCACGCAGCUGAUUGGUGGUCACUGGGAAUUCUGCUGUUCUCAUUGGCUACUGGGAAGUUCCCUGUUCCCCCAGAACCAGAUCAUUGCAGCAUGCUGAGGAAAGUGCGGAGUUUUCCCUAUGAAAUGCCCCUGAGCCUGAGUUCACCGCUCUCCAUGUUAAUCACAGAGCUUUUGUGCAAAAAUCCACUACGACGCCUGAGGACCUUGGACCGUUUCAAGCGUCAAACGUUCUUCUUUGGGAUAUCUUUUGACCCCCACCUCCUUCAGCGUCGGCCUGUGCAGGUGAUCUUGGAGCUGAGAGAGAGACCAGACCGUGCUGCCAAAGCUCGACGGGGCCUCACUUUGACCCUGCUGCCUCUGAAGGGCUUUGACUUUGAUUCUCUGCUCAGCCCUGCCGCCACGCCGGACACACAAAUGGACGGAGACAUACGCACAUGCACAGCUGUGCCGCUGCCUGGCCCCUCGCUGCAGCCCACUCAGGAAAAGGUUCCACGCAGGGAAGUGUUUGUAUGACAGAUUAUAAGUCUGGCUGCAGUGUGGAAGGGAAAGGCCUUCAUUUUGUGCAAAAACACCAUUAGAUUUUUUUUUUUACUCAAAAAUUAGAAGAGUAAAAGUGAAGGAUUUAAAUACAUAAACCCCCAUAUUUACAGUGCCUUGCAAAAGUAUCCAUCAUUCCGACAUUGUAGCCACAAACUUCAGAGUGUUUUAUAGGAAAUUUGUGACAUAGACCAACUUUUAAGUAUUGUAACGUGGAAGCACAAAUACAAAAUAAAUAUGAAAUAUAAAUAAAAUGUUAGAAAACUGUAGAAACGAUCACAAAGAAACAAAUCACACCAAAUAAAACAUGUUUCCAGAUAUUGUUUUUAUAUAAAUCCACUGACAAUGUUACUGUAUCUUUGUCACCUUCAAUUGUCUUAGCAGCUUCAACAGAUAGAAACUAAGAUCAGAACAACAAUUGAAUCCUCAUUUUAACAUAAACUGGUAUCCAUGUGUACACCGUGUGAAUUUUGUGUAUGCUACAGAAAAAAAUGAAGAAUUAUCCUUCUACUUUACAGUUAAGCUUUAUUUGUCUCAAUCCUACUCAUAAAUUAAUAUUUAUGGUUAUAACAUGAUGUAAUGUGACUAAUUCAAGUCUGAAAAGUAUUUUUUGCAAGGUACUGAAAUAAUGUAAUUAUUUUUUAAUGUAAUUUUAUUUUAUUUUACAUGUUCACCUUUUAAUGUUUAAUGUCCCUUUAGUAUCAUUUGCUCAGUGGUUUUGUGCCAUGACCCAGUUAGUAAAACAUCCAGAGUCUCCUUAUGGUUCGGCUGGCAAAACAUUGUGUACUGAAGAUAAUUUAAUCCGAAAUUGAAAAGUUAGGCUAAUAGCUCUAACUACAUUGUAUUUGUUUAACCGUUUAACCUAUUUGUAGUGAAACCCAUCCAAAACCCUUAAGAAAGGAGACAGGAUGUUCAAACCUUUGCCUUUAUGCAUCAUGUUGUGUCACCAUGAAACCAUUUUUUAACAAAAGUGGACAAAAGAAACUCUUGUCAUUCGUUCUCACUCCUUACCUUUGUUGUCCUGCCUGUUGAAUUGGCUGCAGCAGGAACUUCUCCCGUGAUCUCAAAGUGAAGCAAGCAACACAGCCUUAGAGUCUGAUGAGCACGCUCGCAACUCUGCGUUUAUUUCUUACAAUCAGUGACUCAGGGACGACUUGCUGGUUUUACUAUUUAGCCUCAUUUUUCACAUCAAGUCAGAUUUUAAACAGUAAUUUAAAUAUGCUCUAAACUUCCCUUUGAACUUUAUAAUAUUUUGAUAAAUAUGAAGGCUAUUUUCUAUUGUUUUUUUCCUCACUAUACAGAUAUUUAGAUGUAUUAUGAUUUUAUAAAUGAUGCAUGAUGUUUACCCAGAUUGCUUCACACGCACAACUCUGAGCUUACCUUCUUGAUCACAAAAUGCUGGUGUACAUAUUUAUAAAUAUAUAAGCAUAUUCCUCUUUAUAAAGUUUGUAAAAACAUUUUUGGAGAGUAUUUCCUCAUGUAUUAUGAUGUCUUUUUGCAGCUACCAUGUAGCAGAAAAAGAAUAUUAAAAGAGUUCUGCUGA